GGUUGCAAUCGAUUAGAACCUUCAAGACGAGAGUGGAGCCGUUUAUCUUAUUUUAUUAUUAUAUAAACCAUCGUCUUCACUCUAAACCCACUAACCUAACUCCUUAAACCUCCAUUUUUGUGCUUACGCCUCCAAUCUUCUUUCAAAUCCGUCUGCGAACCUACGAUCCCUUUUCCGAUGGCUUCGACUUUUGCUGGUGUUACUGCAGUUGGAUCAUUGGCUUCCUCCAGCAAUACAACUUCCUCAAAUAAGUUAUCGUCUUUUGCUUCAAUAUCUUCUACCUCGUUCGGCAGGAGACAAAAUCUUGCUCUCAGACGGCCCCCGCAAUCUUCCCAAAUUAAAGCCGCUGCAAAGGAACUCUACUUUAACAAGGACGGGUCAGCGAUAAAGAAGCUGCAAAUUGGUGUAAACAAACUUGCAGAUCUAGUUGGGGUUACUCUUGGCCCCAAGGGCCGAAAUGUAGUUCUAGAAAGCAAGUAUGGUGCCCCCAAAAUUGUAAAUGACGGUGUUACCGUUGCCAAAGAGGUUGAUUUGGAAGAUCCGGUGGAGAACAUCGGUGCAAAGCUUGUUCGACAAGCGGCUGCCAAGACCAAUGACCUGGCUGGAGACGGAACCACCACAUCGGUGGUCCUUGCACAGGGUCUUAUUACCGAAGGUGUCAAGGUUGUGGCAGCUGGUGCAAAUCCCGUCCUUAUUACUCGAGGUAUCGAGAAGACAACUAAAGCUUUGGUGGCUGAGCUCAAGUCGAUCUCAAAAGAGGUGGAAGAUAGUGAACUAGUUGAUGUGGCUGCAGUUAGUGCCGGGAACAACUAUGAAGUAGGAAACAUGAUAGCCGAAGCGAUGAGUAAAGUGGGACGUAAGGGUGUGGUAACCCUUGAAGAAGGAAAAAGUGCCGAAAACAGUCUUUAUGUCGUUGAAGGCAUGCAGUUUGAUCGCGGUUACAUCUCACCUUACUUUGUGACCGAUAGUGAGAAAAUGACCGCGGAAUAUGAAAACUGCAAGUUACUAUUGGUUGACAAGAAAAUAACAAAUGCAAGAGAUCUUAUUGGUGUGUUGGAAGAUGCUAUCAAGAACGGGUACCCGAUACUAAUAAUUGCCGAAGAUAUCGAACAAGAAGCUUUAGCGACUCUUGUCGUGAACAAGCUUAGAGGUUCGUUAAAGAUAGCUGCACUUAAAGCUCCGGGGUUUGGAGAGAGAAAAAGCCAGUAUCUUGAUGACAUUGCUAUCUUAACCGGAGGAACUGUUAUUAGAGAUGAGGUGGGGAUCACCUUAGACAAGGCCGACAGUUCGGUCUUGGGUCAUGCUGCAAAGGUAGUUCUCUCCAAGGAUUAUACGACAAUAGUUGGUGACGGUAGCACUCAAGAAGCGGUUGAAAAACGCGUGGCACAAAUUAGAAAUCUUAUUGAGAUAGCCGAGCAGGAAUACGAGAAGGAAAAACUUAAUGAGCGAAUCGCAAAGCUCUCGGGUGGUGUUGCUGUCAUUCAGGUUGGAGCACAAACCGAGACAGAGCUGAAGGAGAAGAAACUUAGAGUAGAAGAUGCUCUUAAUGCAACAAAGGCUGCGGUGGAGGAAGGUAUCGUUGUUGGUGGUGGAUGCACUCUGUUGAGGCUUGCGUCUAAAGUUGAUGCUAUUAAGGAGACCCUUGAUAAUGAUGAAGAAAAGGUUGGAGCUGAUAUUGUGAAGAGAGCAUUGAGUUACCCGCUUAAAUUGAUUGCGAAGAAUGCAGGUGUUAACGGAAGUGUUGUUAGUGAAAAGGUUUUGGCGAAUGAUAAUUAUAGAUUUGGGUAUAAUGCUGCAACUGAUAAAUACGAAGAUCUAAUGACAGCUGGAAUCAUCGACCCAACUAAGGUGGUGAGAUGUUGUCUGGAGCAUGCUUCAUCAGUGGCAAAAACAUUCUUGAUGUCGGAUUGUGUGGUUGUAGAGAUUAAGGAACCUGAGCCCGUCACUGUCGGAAACCCCAUGGACAAUUCUGGGUAUGGAUACUAAGACAGUCAACUGAGGAAUAAUAAGAUUGGAUUUUUGGAAGCUACAUGUAGGUGAUCCUGUGGUUUAGAUUAGAUCUCCGGGAUGCGGCUGGGCAUACAUGUAUGAAUUAUGAUGAAGAUUCAUGACUUUUCCCCGAGUAUAAAUGAAAAAAAAAAGAUUUUAUUUAAACGUGUUCAUGUUUAGUAAAGCAAUCGUUUGUUUUAUAAGAUCAUGGUUACUGGUUAUAGGGGUGACAAUAUGCCGAGUUGAAAAGCUUUGGGUUGAACACAAUCCGCGUAUUUAUGCAUGUCAAAACUUUCGACUCUAAUUGGACACACUUAAAAUUAUGUAA